UCUAUCUUUGACUGUCCUAUCCUCUCUAUUUCUCCAUAGACGAUCCAGCCAUGAAGUUCAACAGCAUUCAAAUUUGUCUGCCCAUCAUUCUUUCAAUUUUGAUUGUUGAUCCUGUUCCAGCUCGUGUUGUCGUCGAUCCUGGUGUUGAUCAAGCUGGAAAUGGUCUGUAUGGUGGGAUGGUCCAGGGCCGUCAGAUCACGGCCCUCCUCACAGUUACCACAACAGUUUCUUCCGUUUUAACUUCGACUGUCUCAACGUCAAAAUUGUGCAUGAAGUUGAGUACCAGCGGAAGUUUGACUCCAUCGUCGCAGUGUGCCCGGAAUCUCCGCAACGGACGUCAGGAUGAUGAGCCCAUGCUCUACGUUCUUUAUGGCGAAAACGGAGAAGAUUUUGAAUUCGUCCGACCCGAUCAAAUCAAUCCGGCCAAAGUCCACCGUGUGGAAGCGACGGAGUUGGUUCAAUUCCGGGACGGUACACCUGCCGAACCUGCCAUUGAAUCUUCACUGGAGACCGAUGAUCGUGACAAUGGCGUUCGUGUUGCUCAGCCAGUUUAUUUUGCGGCAUUGGCCUCUUUGCUGUCCAACAUUUUCCCAUCUGCACUUCAAUCGACGACUACCAGCACGAUAACAUCUACCGUUUAUAAUGGAGGCACUACGUUCAUUACCAUUUACACUUCCACUAAUUCGUUCGUUCUUAUUGGAUCUUGCUAUCCAUCCUACCCUCCGCUUUGCUAGGAAUUGAACGUGCUUUUAUCAAUCUAUUUAAUCUAGCAAUAUGCAAAUUAUUUUUAUUAUCC